GUUUCGCCCUUCAGCGUUCCGCCGGCAGGUGGCAGCAGCGGGCUCCGAGGCGUGCCUUCGCUAGGGCCGGCAGCCGCCGCACGGCUCCUGGCCAGCGCCGCUCGGAGCCGGUGCUCCAGUGUCACCGCCGGGCAUCUGCAACCCGGGCCGCACGCUCUGUGGGGCCAAAGUAAUUGUCUCUGACCCUUUACUUUUCAGAGUGACAAUGAAUAUUAUUUUGACGCAAAGAAGCCAUUCAUUGCUCCCCUAUCCUCUCCAGUUCCCCCAUUUUCCCAACUCCUGCAGCGACUCUGGGCCCCUUUCCCCAAGCGGGGUCUGCUCUGAAAACUCCCCAAGCCCCGGCUCCUCCCGAGCCGCGCGCUGGGCGGCGGGCGGCGCUUCCGCGGCCUCUCGCGUCCCUCUCCACAGCGGUCGGGCUGCCUCCGCCGCACCCCGGUCUCCUCAGCCCGCAUUCGCCGUUCCCUGCCCUUCCUCGGCUCCCCCAGGCACAGAGUCGCCGCGCACUCAGCGGCGGCUGGCCCGGGCGCAGAGAGCUGCGGGCUCCGCGGCAGGAGCAGGACCGGUCACCGACAUGCCGCCCGCACGCCUGGCCCCGGAGCGCCGCGGUGCCCACCGCCGCCCCGGCCGCAGCCGCCGCUCCUUCCCGGAGAAGUUGACGCCUCCUCGGGCAGGCAGGGCGGCGGGGGCCAGGACGCUGGCAGCGGCAGCCCGGAGCCCCCGAGCCCUCGGCAGGUUUGCCUGUCCUUCCCCGCGAUCUGAUUGGAUAAAGUGGGGGCUCGACGGUGGCCGACGUGGGACAGUCUGGCUGUGGCAGGGGUCUCGGAAACCAUGGGUUAUUGCAGUGGCAGGUGCACGCUUAUCUUUAUCUGUGGCAUGCAACUGCUGGAUACUGGAGGAAACUUCGGAGACAGAGAUAAGGUCCGAGCUCUGUGAAGACACAGGAUAAUAGUUAUGUUGAAAGCUGCUAGGAUGAAAGUAUACACUAAAGUUGAGUAAUAUGGGUAUUUAUUUUCUAGCUGUAUUAAAAUAUUUUGGUAAAUGUAGAGUCAGUCUGAAACAUUUAUUCUUGUUAAGUUUACAGAUAACUAUUAAAAUUAAUAGCUGAGUCUGGAUUUAAUUUUACUCACCACUGACACCCUCCCGUACUUUUCAUGUUUGCUUCCAAAUGGAGUUUCAUUUUGUUUCACUUUAUUUUUAUUGACAAUAUCUACAAAUUUUCCAUUGGAUAAUUGGAUAAAUAAAACAUAAAAGGGCAAAAGUCUUCUGACAGCUUCUUAGAUUUUCCUUUGUAUUAUAGUUAACUUGGGAUCAGUGAUCUCAGUCCUGAGAAAAUUGUUGGUGAAUGUAGCAGGAGCUGCAGGAAAGGCUGAUCUGUGUUCAGGUGUCUUGGCCCUGUGCUUUGGGGCACUGUGGGGACAGUCUGUGUUCUCCUUGUACCUUCCUUGCCUGAUGUUCCUACAGGGCUUAGAACACCAGAACCAAUGCCCAUACAUUGAUGGAAGGGCAACAGUGGGAAGUGCUGAGGGUAAAAUUGUUAUCAUUUCAUGAAGUUGGGUCUCAGUUCCCACUUCUGUCCACCUUGACCCUUUCCAUCUCAGUUAGAGAAUGAGGCUAAUGUAUGGCAUCCCAAACUUUUGAUCCAUAACAGUAAAGCUAUAUUGUAAAUCUAGCCAUCUAGAAUGUCAUGAUGAAAUGUACACUUAAUGAAGAAAAACAAGUUUGUAUAUUAUAUUUUGUACACAUUUUCCUUCUUUCAGCUAUUAAAACCAAAAUACCAGAUAACUUCCUCUUAUACUCAUUUAAAGCCAGCCUUUUAAAGAUAAGUAGUUGUGUCUUCUUUCUUCCUUUCCUUUCCAUGUCCCUUUCCUCCCCCCAUCCUCCCUCUUUCUUCUUCCCUCUCUUCAUCUCUCCCUCCCUUCCUCCUCUCUCACUCCUCUUUUUCUCAUUUCUUUCUUCCUAUGUUUUGCUCAUAAUGUUUCCUGUUGUAUCAGAAAGUCAUAAAAUAAUUUUGCGAUCUGUCAGCCAGUGUUUCUCAGAUUGCUGUAGCCUGUUUUAAAUAGUUUUGAAAGUAGGGAAACCUUAACUGUUUUCAGUGUUGUGAACUGUAUGUAUAAAUAAAUAGGCAGGAAAUGUGGAUAACUUAUAAACCAAAUUUGCAGUGAUUCUCUGUUGAAAAAUUCAAUAAAUCAUCUUUUCAUCUGUAUUCUUUUUUUUUUUUUUUUUUUGACAGGCAGAGUGGACAGUGAGAGAGAGACAGAGAGAGAAAGGUCUUCCUUUUGCCGCUGGUUCACCCUCCAAUGGCCGCCGCUGCAGCCGGCGCACCGCGCUGAUCCUGGCAGGAGCCAGGAGCCAGGUGCUUUUCCUGGUCUCCCAUGGGGUGCAGGGCCCAAGCACCUGGGCCAUCCUCCACUGCACUCCCUGGCCAUAGCAGAGAGCUGGCCUGGAAGAGGGGCAACCGGGACAGAAUCCGGCGCCCCAACCGGGACUAGAACCCGGUUUGCCGGCGCCGCAAGGUGGAGGAUUAGCCUAUUGAGCCACGGCGCCGGCUCUCAUCUGUAUUCUUAAAAGAAUCAUUCACUCAGCAGAUAUUUGCAACCAUAUUCCUCCUUCCUGUUUUGCUAGCUGGAGAUAUUGUAGUGAACAAGACUGAGUCCCUAGUCAUAUGGAGCUAAUAUCCAUGUGUAGCAUAAAGACCACAAACAAAUCAUAAUAAUGUGGGAAAAAUGUUGGAGAUGUGUGUGUGUUUGUCCAUGCGCACGUGUGUGUGGUGCCAUUUCAUUAGAGUGGACAAAGCAAGUACUUCUUGCAAGAGGACACUUGAGAAAAUCCUGAAUUACGUAAGUCAGGAAAUCACGUAAAUAUCUGGAGGAGGAAUAUUUUAGGCAGAGGGGACAAUACAUUAAAGGUCCUGAUGUGGUAUGAACUUAGAUAAGUUAACAUUUUAACCAUAGAAAUAUUAAAGAUUAGAUAAAUGCAGCAUAUUCACAUUACAAGUAUUCAGUAUUUGCUUCUGAAACUAAAAUAUGUUAACCAGCUCAGUUAACAUAUUAAUUGGUUAUAUGUAAGAAUUAAUAAAAACAUUAUGUAAACCAUUGGUAAUUAAAAUUUUACACAACAGUAUCCAAAUCAAUUAUCUUUGCUUUUGUUGAUGCUUUAUUGAAUUUUAUAGUCCUCUGCACUUCAAGAAUAAUAUUUCUCUGUUCCUUUUAAUUAAGUUAAAUGAACCAUCCUCAAAAAAAAAAAAAAAAAACAGACGUUCUUGGGAUUGUUAUUAGUCAGACAGUCAGACAGAGAAAAAAUAUUAUUAGUAAUCUCGUAAAAUUAUCAAUAUGUCUACUAUAACUUCUGGAUUCCAAGAUAGGAGAAUGCACGGCUGUUGAAAUUAUUUAAAAUGCCUACUGUAGUAUUUAGAAACUCAGUCUCUUGAAAUUAUGGUAAUUUUAUCCUGAUACUUGAAUUUUUUUAAAACCAUAAAUAUUGCAAAAGUUUUCAGAAAUUCAUUAAAUGUUAAUGAAAAAGCUAUAUAUGAUACUGUAGCAGUAUAAGAUGUCGUUAACUUCAGCUCAUUCUAGAAGAUUCAUGCUGAAAAGAUAUCUCUGGAAUGAUAUUUAUUCUUGUAAGGAAAAAAAGAAUUACAUUCUCUUUUUUAAAACAAUAUGGAGGGGCUGGCACUGUGGUGCAGUGGGUUAAAGCCCUGGCCUGAAGCGCCAGCAUCCCACAUAGGGUGCUGGUUCUAGUCCCGCCUGCUUAUCUUCUGAUCCAGCUCUCUGCUAUGGCCUGGGAAAGCAGUAGAAGAUGGCCCAAAUCCUUGAGCCCCUGCACCCAUGUGGAAGACCCGGAAGAACCUCCUGGCUCCUAGCUUCGGAUUGGUGCAGCUCUGGCCGUUGCGGCCAUCUGUGGAGUGAACCAGCAGAUGGAAGACCUCUCUCUCUCUCUCUCUCUCUCUCUCUCUCUGUCUCUGCCUCUCUCUGUAUCUCUCUUUCAAAUAAAUAAAAUAAAUCUUAAAAAAUAAAACAAUAUGUAAAUCUAAGGGCCUGCAUUUUGUUCUAUCUGGUAAUGCUGCCUCCUACAACACCAGCAUCCUAUAUGAGCACUAGUUCAUGCCCCAUCUUCUCUGCUUCCAAUCCAGCUCUCUGCUAAUGGCCUGGGAAAAAAACAGUGGAUGAUGUCCCAUGUGUUUGAGCCCCUGCACCCACGUGGGAUAUCUGGAUGAAGCUCCUGGCUCCUGGUUUCAGCCUGGCCCAGUGUUGGCCAUUUUGGCUGUCUGGAGAGUGAACCAGCAGAUGAAAGAUUUCUCUCUCUCUCUGUAACUCUGACUUUCAAAAUAAAUAAAUAAAACUUAAAGAAAAAUCUAAAUGGAAAGCUCUACCUCUUUUUCAAUAAUUUCUUAGACUACUUUAAUUUUUAAUAUCAAAUCAAAACAAGCAGUUAGAGAUAUUUUGUUUCUUUCAUGUUUUAUUCUAUGUAAAGGACAAAAUAUUUUCAAAUUUUUAUCUGUGUAACCACCAUUACCUAAUACCAAAACCAGCAAGAAUACAAUGAAAAAAAAAAAAAAAAACAAAAACCUGCCAACCAACCAAUAAACCUUGAUGAACAUCAAUGUAACAAUCCUUACAAAAAUAUUAGCAAAUUGGACACAACAGAACACUUAAAAAGAUCAUUCACCAUGAUCAGAUAGGAUUCAUUCUGGGGAUGUAAGGCUGGUUAAACAUGCAAGUCAAUAUUUAUUAUAUACCAUAUCAGUAGAAUUAAGGAUAAAUCAUAUGAUCGUUUCGAUAUAGAGAGAAAAGGUAUUUGUUAAAAUUCAACAUUCCUUCAUAACAAACACUCUGAUGAAAUCAUGAAUAGAAGAAACAUACCUAAACAUAAUAAAGGAAACUCUUUGUCAGACAUCAUAUUGAAUGUGGAGAGGCUGAAGGCUUUGUAAAAUAAUGAGCAAGACAAAGAUGUCCAGUUUCACCACUUUUAUUCAUCAUAGUACUGGAAGUCCAAGCUAGAGCAAUCAGGCAAGAGAAAGAAAUGAAAGGCAUUCACAUUUGAAAGAAGGAAGUCAGAAUAUCACCGUUUGCACAUGACAUGAUCUUAUAUAGAGAAAACACCAAAAAUUGUACCAAAAAUAUGUUGGAACUGAUAAACAGUGAGCAAAAUUUCAGAAUACAAAGUCAGUGUACAAAUUGAUAGUUUUGUUAUACAGUAAUAAUGAAUCCUUUGAAAAAAGAAAUAAAAACCAAUCCGAAUUCAAAUAGCUACCAAAAAAAAAAAAAAAAAAAAAACACCUCUCUGGGAAUAAAUUUAACCAAUGAGGUGAAAGAUAUCUACAAUGAAAAGUAUAAAUCACUGAUGAAAAAAACUGAAGAAGACACAAAAAAUUGAGAAGAUGGCCAUUGGAAGAUUGGAAGAAUCAAUACCACUAAAAUGUGCAUAGUAUACAAAGUCAUUUAUAGAUUAAUUGGAAUCCCUAUCAAAAUCCAAAUUAAAUUUUCACAGAAUAGGAAAACCGCUGCUGAAAUUUGUAUGAAACUCUAAAAGACCCUGCAUAGCCAAAGAAAUCUUGAGCAAAAAGAAUUAUCAGGAGGCAUUUCACUACCUGCCUAAAAUAUGUUAUAAAGCUACCAUAAUUAAAACUGCAUGGUAUUGGCUUAAGUACAGACCCAUAGAUCAAUAGAACAGAAUAGAGACCCUAGAAAUAAACCUACACAUCUAUAGCCAAUGAAUCUUUGACUAGUGUAAGAAGAAUGUUUUUUUUAAAGGGUUAAUACAUUUGGAAUUGUUUAUUCAUUUUCAUCUACUUGAAAGUCCCGGGAGGGGGGGAUUUCUAUCAUCUCAUUCACUCCCAGAAUGCCUGCAUCAGCCCCUAGGAUUAACUCACUACAUAACAAUUUCCACUCUGAAUAGUCUUUUAAAAACAUAGCAUUGUUUACAUUUUAAGAUUUGUUGUUGUUUAUAGUCCUUGCCUAUACUCUUGAGGAGCAGUGUUUUGUUUUGUUUUUUUUUUUUUUUUACUUACUACUUGUUGAAUUUUUAGUGCACAUUUAAGCUUGUGAUUAUAAAGUAAAUUGGAAGCAUGUCAUUGUAAAAAUUAAAAGAAAAAUAAGAAGUAAGAGGGAGGGUAGGAUGGGGGGGUAGGAUAAGGUGGGAAUUUUCAUUAUGCCCUUAGAACCAUAUGUUUGAAAUACAUGACAUUUAUUCCUUUAUAUAAAUAAAAAAGUAAAACAAAAGCAAAAACAAGCAAAAAUGGUACUGAGAAAAUUUGAAAUCCUCAUGCAGAAAAAUGAAACUAGACCUUUAUUUCUCAUUAUGUAAAACAAUCAACUAAAAAUGGAUUAAAAAUCUAAACAUAAGACCUGAAACUUUGAAACUAUUAGAAGAAAACAGCAAAAACACUUUAAGACAUUGGCAAGAAUUUUCUAGAUGAGACCUCUAAAGCCCAGGAAUAAAAGAAAUAAAAAGCAAAUGGGAUUUCAUCAAACUAAAGAGCUUUUGAGCAGUAAAGAAAACCAAACAAAACACACUAAACAACACUGGAGUUAGAGGAAAGGUUUAUUGUCCUUUUGGGGAAGCCCAAGGGCCAGGGGAGAGGGCAAGAGAGUAAGAGAGUAAGAUGUUCCAGAACAUCUCUUGUUAAACCUUUGCCUGGGGGGUUGGGCAGGGAAGUAGGAGCAGAGAAUCCCAUUAGGGUGAGGGUGGAGCUGACACCUGGCUUCCAGCAAUGGUGGUGGGGUGGGGGCUAGAGUUUAGGAUGGUGUCAGGGGGCCUAGAUUGUGCCACAGAUAAAACUGCACCAUUGUACUAACAGAGGUGCCCUACAGUAUGGGAGAAAAUAUUUGCAAGCGAUUCAUGUGAUAAGGCAUUGAUAAAAGAAUAUGUAAGAAACUCAAACAAAUCAAUAGUGAAAAAACAAAACAAAACAAAACAAAAACCCAACUUAAAUCAUUUAACUUAAAAAUGGGCAACUUAAAUAGCUAUUUCUCAUAGGAAAACAUACAAAUGGCAACAGGUACAUAAAACAUGUUCACCUGGCCGGCGCCACGGCUCACUAGGCUAAUCCUCCGCCUAGCGGCGCCGGCACACCGGGUUCUAGUCCCGGUCGGGGCGCCGGAUUCUGUCCCGGUUGCUCCUCUUCCAGGCCAGCUCUCUGCUGUGGUCAGGGAGUGCAGUGGAGGAUGGCCCAGGUGCUUGGGCCCUGCACCCCAUGGGAGACCAGGAAAAGCACCUGGCUCCUGGCUCCUGCCAUCGGAUCAGCGUGGUGUGCCGGCCGCAGCGCGCUGACCGCGGCGGCCAUUGGAGGGUGAACCAACGGCAAAGGAAGACCUUUCUCUCUGUCUCUCUCUCUCACUGUCCACUCUGCCUGUAAAAAAAAAAAAAAAAAAAAAAAAAAAAAAAAAAAAAAAACAUGUUCACCAUUACACAUCAGCAGGGAAAUGCAAAUUAAAAACACCAUGAGAUAUUACCCAUUCCUGUAAGAUUGGCUAUUACCAGGAGAGGGAGGAGGAAGAAGGGUGAGAGCAUGGCUGGGAGGGAGGUAGGGUGGGAAGAUCACUAAGUUCUUGAAUCUGUAUAUAGGCAGUACAUGGAAUUUGUAUAUCUUAAAAAAAAAAAAAAAAUGGGCUGUUACCAAAAAGAAAAAAGAUAACAUGUAUUGGCAAGGAUGUGGAGAAUGGGAACCCUUGCACACUGUUGGUAGGAAUGUAAAUUAGUACAAUCAUUGUGGAAAACUGUAUACAGGUUCUCCAAUGAAAAUGAAAUCCAUCUGAUGAAAAGACAUCUACACCCCCA